GUAGGUGUGUUCUGCCAGACGUGACUGUAAGAUAAAUGGCAGAAGACAUGUUAAACAUUGCAGAGACCACAGUGCAAUCUGUCUGUCCAUAUGGGAAACACACACCUCGCUCCGAGGAUUAUGGGAAGGCGGAGGACGGGUUAGUUAGAGACACUGAGAUCCACUGAGAGAGAGAGAGAGAGGACACUGACGGCCGACGCUGAGGCGAGGAUGAGGAGGUUUUUCCGGGCCCACAGGGAUGAAGAUUACAGUCAGAUCCAGUACCUGACGGCCAAAUGCAGCCGCCUGGCGUAUGAGAAAGCGGUGCUGGACAGGGAGUGUCUGGUGGCCAGGGAGAGGGAGAGGAGGCUGCAGGGCGAUCUGGAAGCUGUGGCUGCUCGCCUCCUGCAGCAGGAGCAGCUCAACAUGGAGCUGAGGACCAAACACGACCAAGUUGUCAGCGUGCUGCACCAGCAGAAGGAGCUGGUGGACUUCCUGCGGCAGCGUGUCGUCCUGCUGGCGGAGGCGAGCUGCCGCGACGCCGAGCUCCUGCAGCAGGUCAGCUCGGAGCUGCAGUGUCUGCAGGGCUCGGAGCUGCAGCUGGAGGGCCUGGUGGACGAGCUGCACUCUGAGGCCCAGCGCAGCACCGCUCUGACCGAGAGCCUGCAGGCAGAGCUGCGCAGGAAGACGGUGAAGUUGGAGCAACUCCAAAGCUGCAACAAAACACUGGCAGAGGAGCUGGAGGAGUUAUGCAGCGUCCAUCGGAGAAAGGUAAGGGAGCUGCAGCGGGAGAAUAAAGGAAGUCUGAAAAAACUGCAGGAGACAGCGGAGCAGUUUGAGUGGCUGUGUGAGCAACAGCGAUACUGGAUUUGUUGUGUCAAGAGAUUCAGAGACUGCCUGACAGAGGAGAAGGAGGCUCUGGUGCAGCAGGUCAACAGGCUGGAGAAAAAGGUUGCGGAGCUGAGUGAGAGUUCACUUGGUGACGGUCACACACAGACUCUCCAUCGCCCCCUACAGGACACCGAAUGCUGUAAAAAGAAAGGGAUUACUUUGUGGGAUGCAGACGACAUCGCUGACCUGCAGUCUGAGGUGGAUGAGUCAAACAAGUUUUAUGAGGAGCUCCUCAGCCAGACAGGGAGCGCUAUCGACAGACACCAAAAACCUCCUUGAGGAUGGGAGCUUGGAUUCCUCUCCUUGUUCCCCUCCCACCAGAGGAUCACGGCUGGGCCUUGGUGUGUAGUUAGUUUGGUGGCAUGCUUCCCAUUCAUUAUGGAAAAGCCAUAAAAUCUUGGAAAAACAUAUGUACGAAACCAUGCAGUGCAUAUUCCUCUGCAACUAUUGUUUACCUGUCUUGAAAAUAAUCUACUGCUUUAUGAUAUACGAGUAAAUCGCACACAGCUGUUUCACAAUGUGCUUCUGUCUCUAUUGUUGUGACACAUGCGCAUCACAUGUGUGCAGUUACUCGGUCACAUUUUCCUGUAAUUGUCUAUUAUUGAAAGCUUGUAAUCAACACCACUAAAAGAGCGAAAGCACCUGAGAAUGUUCUUUUGCUGCCCUGCCAAUGAAUCCUCACAGGGAGCCACCAGCUGGCAUGCAGAGGAAACAACAAGCAUGGUGUUUGGGCCAGAGUGAAACUCUACUGAUUGUUCCCGCAUUGAGAAAUUGGUACAUCCUGACUUGGAUGAGCAGAAUCACUACACUUAUCACUUAUCACUUCACUUUCACUAAUGACCCAUUUCCUUAAAUACUCACGAAUGAGUUGUGGAGAUACUGGCACAGAGAAACACUGAUUUUCAUACUCAAUACUGAGACACAUUGCACAAGGAGAGUGGGACCAAAUCAGUUCAAGACAUACUAUGGACAGCAAAUAUCAUUUAAACUGUAUAGUCUGCGAUAUGUAGCUCCAUGCAUUUGACUGAUGUUGCAUAACACUAUGGUUGCAGUUGAGGAAGUUAUGCUGAGUUUAGAGAUACAUGUUGCUACAUCUAUGACAAAAAAAAACUUUAGUUGAAUAUUUUGCAUUACUGUUGUAAACAUGUUAUCCAUGCUUUCAUCUCCUCCCAGCUUGAUUAUGUUAAUUCCCUGUGGACUGGGAUCAGCCCGUUGUCUUUGUCCCGCCUGCAGCUGGUCCAAAAUGCCACAGCCAGGCUUCAGACUGGUUCCAGUCCUCUCCUGGCCUCCCAUCACUGGCUUCCAGUUUGCUUUAGCAUUGAUUUUGAGGUCUUGCUGUUUGUUUUUUAAAGCCCUGAAUGGACUGGCUCCCUCCUACAUGUCACAGACCUCUUAAGGCCUUAUGCUGCCUCCAGGUACCUCAGGUCGUCUGACUCAGCUGUCCCUUGUUAUAAAUAUCAACUCAGAGUUAACUACACUUUCGCCGUCACGGGCCCUAGAACUGUACAGCUUGCUUUUCGCCAUCAGAUCCGCCCCCUCUGUUGACUCCUUCAAGUCUUGGCUCAAAGCACACCUUGAGCGUUCAAGCCUCCUGAUCUGAUUGGCUACUUGUAUAUUCUGUAUAUAUUUUCUAUGUUUUGUUUAUUUCUCAUGUUGGUGUUUGAUUUUUGUGACUUACUACGAUUUUACUACUGAUUUGCUAUUAUUUUGUAUUCUUAUUUUAUAUCAUUUUAUUCUAUUUUUUGGCU